AAGUUGAAUAAACACUGCAACGUACCAAGUUUCUGCUACUUAUCAACAAACUGUCACAAACAACAAACUCUUAUCCGAGUACUCAGAUUUCCACUUCCCACUUCCAAGCAAAAAUUAAAACAUUAACGAUGACAUUCUCGUUCUGGGUUUGAUUUCUAAAAAGCCCCAGUACUGUAUAUCUGAAAACUGCUGUGCUCACUCAUCACAUCUGCUUACUUCGCUGUUUAUCAACUUGGAAAGAAAUUCUCGGAUUCACCAACACGCAGCUUCCCGGAACCAAUGCGAAUAAAAAAUCAACAAUCACUGGACGAGUUAACAGAGUCCGAUAAAACCACUGACAAAUUUUCAAUGCUAAUGCUCUAAAUUACAUUCCAAUACUACUCGUAGCUGGUACUUGCUGACUCUACAACUGGGUUACGCAGAAUUUGGGCACUGUGUGCUACAAAUGCGGGAGGAAACAUCAAUAAACAUCCUUCACGUGCCGCGGCCAGUGUAUUCCACGCCCACCUUCCGUCCGAUUGGCUCCCAAUGGCGGGCGGCAACCACUACUCGUACGGCUGAAAUGUGUGUGAGUGCAACUGUGCACGUAAAGUGGCGAUAAUCGGCUUACCAUUUUCGUCCUAGCCAGCUUUCCACAAACUCGCUGGCCAUUGGCCCAGUCCAAACUGGCCCGUCUGACUCUGGCCAUUUGAAUUUUGAUGCGGAACUUUUCACUUUUAAAAUUGUUCCGUCAUUUGUCUUGGUUGCAGACAGGUUGCUCAGCUUUUUUAUCGCUUCGCGAUAGCAUUCCAGUCUCCACUACCUUGCUCUUGAAGCUGUCAGUCAGUGUUGGGAUUCUGCGUUCCUUUCCGUUUUCAAGUUUUCACACUCUUGGCCUUGGGAAAUGGAUCUGAAAAAGCGCCUCAGCCUGGCGUCCCUUGAACGGAUGGCGCGGGAGCGUGCGUUAACACUGGACGAGCAUUGUAACAGUGUGGACGUCUGGGACGAUAGCGGGCGGCUGCUUUUUGGGCGUGUCGUGGACGUGGCGGAGAACGGGCUGUAUGUCGACCUGUUGUGCGCCGGUCGACGCCGCGAGCUGGUCCCCUACGGGCGCCUGUUCCACAUGCGGUCCUGCGGCCUGUUGAAGGACGGCGUCGCCGCCGGCGAUCAGCGCUUUCCGGUGGAGGCACUGCUGCGUCCCCAUCCCCUUUCUCCCUGGACCUGGGUCAGCGCGCAACUAGAGCUCCUCUGCCCCGAGCCCGAGCCGUCACCGCUGCGCAUCUGCUUGAGCGCCAGUCCGCUGCGACUGCUGGACGCGGCGGGCGAGGCGACCCACCCAACGCUGUGCGGAUUGCAGGCGCUGGGCCUCGGGGCCGGUCCACCGGCGGCGGGACUGGGCGGCUGCCAGUGCGCGGAUGCGGUCUUCCGAGUGGCCCCGCCCCUCUCGCAGCUGUCGCCGCUGGCGCUGGGCGGCGUGGCGCAGUGCGCCGAGGAAUGGGAGCUGCGCUGCGAGGGACGCCUGUGGUAUGGGGAAAUGGACGAGCGGGCCGGCUCGAGGAGCCUCGUGGAGGCACGCGCCUGGCGUCCCUGAACGGCUCGCCGCUGGGCGCUGAGCCACCCCCACACGCCCGUCAGCUGGUCCUUCCGGUCGCGCACUAGUUUCUUUAAUGACCAUUUGUUUUCCUUAGUAUUCAGUUCCGUCGCUGCUUGUCUUGGUGCAGCUUGUUUUCCCGCGGAAGUUCGGUGUUUAUUGCGAAUUUGAUCCGGUCUACCAAUAUAGUCCAAUGGUGCAUUUUUCCAGUAAAUUUUUAUUAAUUGUCGUUUUUUUUGGCGAUUUUUGUCACGCAGAGUUUCUUUCGGCCGCUUGGUGAUAAAUUAACA